CCACUGUUAAAAUAGCUUGGACGUCUAUUUUUAGUCAAUAGCACAGAAUGAAUUUAGACACAACCUUCCUUAGAAUAAUUUCUCUUGAAUGAUUUCCAUCCAGUUCAGCUGAGACGUGAAGAGACUUGUUUUUACAAGUCCUCUUGGGUGUGACACUCAAUGGGGGUGAUGUCAUGACAAUGGUGGCAUCAACAGUGAAAGGGACCCCCUGAGGGUAAGUUUUUUGUAAAGAAACGGAACCAGAUACUUUUUAUAUUACUUGCCAGGUGGCACAAAAGAGGCUCUUUGCAAACUCUUGAUGUCCCUUUGCUUGUUUGUGCUAAAUCGGGACGUGCUGAAGGAAUGAGUACCAUUUCUUUUUUUAGGACUGAGAGUCAUUUAUUCCUGAUUUUGUGAGAACUAGGAAGUGGUAGUACGGUUUAACAGUCAGUCUUGUGCAUCACUUGGGCGUCGAAGGCUUUUCCUGUUUGUGUUUGGCUCCGUCCUGCCCACUUGUUGAGGGGUGUGUCAGCUCCCAGUAACUCAACACCAUUAACACGUUGAGGUUACAGUAACUGGCUAAACAGCCUCGACCAGUGAGCAGCAGGAACUCAAACGGUUACUCACACCCACAUGCCGCAUGCGUUGGCCGUCUGGAUCAAGCCAGCACACGCAUGAACUAUCUACCACGCUAUCUAUCAGCCUACUACACUCCUGCGGAAUGAGAGAAGGCGAAGACAGAGCAAGCAGGUGUUAGAAGUUUUAGGUAGAAUCUGAGAGUGUUGGAAAAUCCCCUGAAAGAGGGGGAAAAAGAAAGAAGGGAGAAGAAGGAAGGGGCAAGGAGAUCCACCCAAAUGUCUUGAAGCACCCAAUCACACCACGGUCUCCAGAUUGGAUCCCUCCCUCGUUCACCACCUGAGAGUCGAGGAAGUGCAAUUGUGCCUCAGAGCGUCUGAGGCUUUGAAGCAAGAACAAAGACGAGGUCUGAUGCGUCUGCUUAACUUUGAGGGAAAAGAUCCUCGGAAAACAAAGUACGCUUGAGAUGUCAACUUCGUGGAAGGAAAAAUCUGGACUGACUUGAGUAGGAAGACAAAGAAGUGAAGAUUUCGUGUAUUGACUCUGGAAUUUUGAUUUUCAUCAUUCAUUCAAGACAUUAUGAGUCUUAUUACGCUGAAGGGUGACUCUGAGGUUUCAGCAGGCUACUGAGAAAGAGAUUCGCGUGACAAUGAUGUCCCUGGAGGACUUCGGUAGCGUCGCCAGCCUCGUUGCUGAAAGCGGAAUAUCGGACUACGGUGACAACCUCUCACUGAGAAGCCAAAACCAAAGCCUGGAUCAGGACCAGGACCAGGACCAGGACCUGGAUGAUCAGAACCUAUGCCAGGAUGGGAUUGUCAUGGAGCGCAUCGCUUCAUUGCCACUGCCUUUGCACAUGUAUGAUCCCAUCGACUUCAAUGGGAGAUUUUCAAAAUUCCAGUCCCGGUCCAAAAGGCGAACACGUCUCAUCGUAGCCUCUCCGGUGGGACUGAAGACACCUGUCCCACCCGUCACAGGAAGUCUUGGAGAAAGGAAAGGUCCGGUCAUCAUGGCGCCCAUCAACGUGGACCCGGAAAGCAAGCCGGGCGAGUUUGUCUUGAAGAGCCUCUUCGCCAACUUCACGCUGCUGUCCGAGCGUAAGAUCCGCAUCAUCAUGGCAGAGCCGCUGGAGAAGCCGCUGAACAAGUCUCUGCAGAGAGGAGAGGAUCCACAGUUUGACCAGCUGAUCAGCAGCAUGAGCUCCCUGGCGGAGUACUGCCUGCCCUCUAUUCUCAGGACACUCUUUGACUGGUACAAGCGGCAAAACGGCCUGGAAGACGAGUCGCAUGAGUAUCGGCCGCGGGCCAACACCAAGACAAAAAAUGAUGAACAGCAAAAGGACUACUUGCUGGAGCGGAGGGAUUUGGCCAUCGACUUCAUCUUCUCCCUGGUCCUUAUAGAAGUUUUGAAGCAGAUCCCCCUGCAUCCCUUGCUGGAUGGACUCAUCCAAGAAGUUAUCAACUUAGCAUUUAAGCACUUCAAAUAUAAGGAAGGGUAUCUGGGCCCCAACACUGGCAACAUGCACAUCGUGGCUGACCUCUACGCAGAAGUGGUGGGAGUUGUGGCUCAGUCGAGGUUCCCAGCCGUUAGGAAGAAGUUUAUCUCGGAGCUGAAAGAACUGCGUCAGAAGGAGCAGAGCCCCUAUAUCCUGCAGUCCACCAUCAGCCUCAUCAUGGGCCUGAAGUUCUUCCGCAUCAAAAUGUACCCAGUGGAGGAUUUUGAAGCCUCUUUCCAGUUCAUGCAGGAGUGUGCUCAGUAUUUCCUGGAGGUGAAGGACAAGGAUGUGAAACACUCGCUCGCUGGACUAUUUGUUGAGAUCCUUGUACCCGUCGCUGCCACGGUCAAGAACGAAGUGAAUGUUCCGUGCUUGCGCAACUUUGUGGAGAGCUUGUACGACACCACGCUGGACCUGUCCUCCAGGAAGAAGCACUCCCUGGCCCUGUAUCCUCUGGUGACAUGUCUUUUGUGUGUGAGCCAAAAGCAGUUGUUCCUCAGCCGCUGGCACAUUUUCCUCAACAACUGCCUGUCCAAUCUCAAGAAUAAAGACCCCAAGAUGGCCCGUGUGGCUCUGGAGUCGCUUUACCGCCUGCUGUGGGUUUACAUGAUCCGAAUCAAGUGUGAGAGCAACACUGCAACACAAAGUCGCCUGACGUCCAUCACCUCCACUCUCUUCCCCAAGGGGAGUCGCAGUGUCGUUCCCCGAGACAUGCCGCUCAAUAUCUUUGUCAAGAUUAUCCAGUUUAUCGCGCAGGAGAGGCUGGACUUUGCUAUGAAGGAGAUCAUAUUUGAUCUUCUGAGUGUGGGGAAGCCUGCCAAAGCCUUCAGUCUAAACCCAGAGAGGAUGAACAUCGGCCUAAGAGCCUUCCUGGUCAUCGCCGAUGCUCUACAGCAGAAAGACGGCGAGCCUCCCAUGCCCAACACGGGCGCCACACUGCCCUCAGGCAACUCCCUGAAGAAGAAGAAGACCUACCUCAGCAAGACCCUUACGGAGGAGGAGGCCAAGCUCAUCGGCAUGUCCUUGUACUACUCGCAGGUGCGGAAGGCCCUGGACAACAUCCUCCGGCACCUGGACAAGGAAGUGGGCCGCUGCAUGAUGCUCACCAGCGCACAGAUGCUUAACAAAGAACCGGAGGACAUGAUCACAGGGGAAAGGAAGCCUAAAAUUGACCUUUUCCGGACAUGUGUCGCCGCCAUUCCGCGCAUCCUCCCUGACGGAAUGUCCAAACCCGAACUCAUCGAUCUUCUCUCAAGACUCACGGUGCACAUGGACGAUGAGCUGCGUCUCAUUUCCCAGAAUUCCCUUCAGAGUCUCUUGCUGGAUUUUUCCGAUUGGAGGGAAGACGUGCUCUUCGGUUAUACGCACUUCCUGUUGCGUGAGGUCCAAGACACCCAGCAGGGUCUUCAGGAUGCGUCUGUGAAGCUCCUGUUGCAGCUGCUCACUCAGUGGAGGCUGGCGUUGCAGCUCCAGGGAAAAAUGCGAGGUGGCGUGGAGGCGAGCCCCAGAAUGACUGAACGAAGCCCACAUUGUUCUGUACUCCAUGCUGUAGAAGGUCUGGCUUUACUGCUCCUCUGCUCGUGUCAGAUCAGCACCAGAAAGUUAGCAGUGGGCGUGCUCAGAGAAAUUCGAUGCCUGUUCACUGCGCUCGGACAUGCGGAGGAUGAUGACAAACCCAUGAUUGAAGUCAUGGACCAGCUGAGUCCGGCGGUAAUGGAAAGCUUCGUCCACGUGGCUAUUUCUGACUCUUCUACUUUACCCAUGAGCCACCACGUGGACCUGCAGUGGCUGGUCGAGUGGACGGCGCGGUUGGUGAGCAGCUCCUAUGAUGUGAAGAGCCCCAGCCACGUCUGGAUCUUUGCCCUGUGCUUGAAGGACCCCUGGGUGCUAUGCCUGCACAUAUUCCUACGGCAGGAGCACCUGCCCAAGCACUGCCCCGUGGCCCUGGGCUACGCCUGGCCCUACGCCUUCACACGGGUGCAGCUGCUGCUGCCCCUUGUUGACCCCAACAGCCCAGUGAAUGCGAAAAAGACCAGCACAGCCAGCUCCAAUGACAGCUCCAUGUCUCUGUGGCGGAAUUACCUCAUCCUGUGUCUAGGAGUGGCCAAGCCCAGUAUUAUGUCACCCGGGCACCUCCGAGCAUCCACACCGGAGAUUAUGGCCACCACACCCGACGGUAGCAUCACCUAUGACAACAAGGUGAUAGGCACGCCAUCAGUCGCCUGGCUUCUAAAGCAGCUCGUUCCACUGAUGAGAGCUGAGAGUCUGGAGAUCACAGAGUCAUUGGUGUUGGGCUUUGGCUGCACAAACGCACUCGUCUUUAGGGAGCUCAUGGAAGAACUCCAUCCGCUCAUGAAGGAGGCACUGGAACGACGACCUGAGAACAAGAAGCGAAGAGAGAGGAGGGAUCUUCUCAGACUGCAGCUGCUAAGGAUCUUUGAACUGUUGGCGAACGCUGGAGUUAUCAGUGACAGCACCAACGGCGCGUUGGAGCGUGACUCGCUGGCGCUGGGGGCUUUGUUCCUGGAAUACGUGGACCUAACCCGGAUGCUCUUGGAGGCGGAGAACGAGAAGGAGAUGGACGUGCUCAAAGACAUCCGAGCACACUUUAGCGGCAUGGUAGCCAACCUUAUCCAGUGCGUGCCUGUCCAGCACCGUCGCCUCCUGUUCCCCCAGCAGUCUCUCCGCCAUCACCUCUUCAUCCUCUUCAGCCAAUGGGCUGGGCCCUUCAGCGUCAUGUUCACUCCCCUGGAUCGCUACAGUGACCGCAACCAUCAGAUAACUCGCUACCAGUACUGUGCUCUCAAGGCUAUGUCUGCUGUCCUAUGCUGUGGUCCAGUGUUUGAUAACGUGGGGCUAUCCACUGAUGGCUACCUCUACAAAUGGUUGGAUAAUAUCUUGGCAUGCCAUGACAAGCGGGUUCACCGCCUGGGCUGUGAGGUAGUGAUUCUGCUGUUGGAGCUGAACCCAGACCAGAGCAAUUUAUUCAGCUGGGCCGUCGACCGCUGCUUCACCGGCUCCUACCAGCUAGCAUCCGGCUGCUUCAAAGCCAUCGCAACUGUGUGUGGGAACCGAAACUACCCCUGUGACCUGGUGACGCUCCUCAAUCUAGUACUGUUCAAGGCAUCCGACACCAGCAGGGAAAUCUACGAGAUCUCAAUGCAGCUGAUGCAGGUGCUGGAAUCCAAACUGUGUGCAUAUUCCAAGCGCAUGGUAGAGCAAAAUCCCGGUAACAUCUUGUACGGGACGCACGGGCCUCUGCCGCCUCUCUACAGCGUCAACCUGUCGCAGCUUUCCAACCAGCUGGCCAGCAUGUACCCGGAGCUCACGCUGCCUCUCUUCUCUGAGGUGAGCCAGCGCUUCCCAAGCACUCACUCCAACGGCCGCCAGAUCAUGCUGUCCUACCUACUGCCCUGGCUGGGCAAUAUGGAGUUGGUGGACACCGGCCUCCUACCACCCGCCUCCAGCCCCUGCACGCCAGAUGAGGAGGUCACGCGCGUGCCAGCUCAGAGUCUGGCGGGCGUGUCGCUCUUCCUUAGGGGCAAUGGCUGGGGCUCCUUGCAGGCCACCUCUUUGGUGCUCAACAACCUCAUGUUCAUGACGGCCAAGUACGGAGAUGAGGUGCCAGGCCCGGAAAUGGAGAGCGCUUGGAAUGCCUUGGUGUCCAACGAACGAUGGAGCAAUAAUUUGAGGAUCACCCUGCAGUUCCUAAUCAGCUUAUGUGGAGUCAGCAGUGACACCACACUCUUGCCUUAUAUCAAGAAGGUGGUCAUCUACUUGUGUCGGAACAACACCAUUCAGACCAUGGAGGAGCUCCUGUUUGAACUUCAGCAGACAGACCCCGUCAACCCUGUCGUGCUGCAUUGCGACAACCCGCCCUUCUAUCGCUUUGCCGCCAGCAACAAGGCACCUACCUCGCAAACCGGUACCACCUCCAGCAGCAACACGGUGGUGGUAGGACAGGAUACCCUGGCAGACACAGAUGAAACAAAACUAGUCAGGGAGAGUGAAGAACGCAGGGCCAGGGCGCACAAUAGGCUGGAGUCUCGCUACAGCAACAGCUCAGGAGGCUCCUACGAGGAUGAGAAGAGUGACCCUCUUCCACCAUACGCCGCAUGGUUGGUGAGCGUCCUGGAGACAAACCGUCCUCAGCCAUUGCCCAUGCCCAUCAACGGCGGCUGCUGGGCGCCUCUGGUGGACUACUUACCCGAAACGAUCACACCUAGGGGACCUCUGCACAGGUGUAAUGUUGCUGUCAUUUUCAUGACGGAAAUGGUGGUGGAUCACAGCGUGAGAGAAGAUUGGGCUUUGCACCUUCCCCUGCUGCUACAUGCACUUUUCUUAGGCCUGGACCACUAUAGGCCGGAGGUCUACGAGCACAGCAAGCGCCUCCUCCUGCACCUCCUCAUUGCACUGUCGUGUAACAAUAACUUCCAGGUGAUCGCGUCCGUGUUAAUGUUGACCAGAGAGAGCAGCGACAACAAAACCCUAACCAUCAAGUCCAACUACCACAGUGACCAUCAACACUCAAAUGUGCCCGACUUCCUGCGGGAGUGCCAGGCAUCACCUAUGGCGGAUUCUGGCCUCAGCUCCACAUCGAACUCGUCCUCGGCCAGUUUAGGCGGCAGCACGGCAGGCAGCGUGGGCAACCUGCCACUGGUCACGCCCGACGACCUGGAGGAUUUGGAGGACGCGCCCAACGAAACCGACGAGAAGACCAAUAAACUCAUUGAGUUCCUCUCCACCAGUGCCUGGAGUACUGUGUUGUUGUUGCUCAGAGCUGUGGGGCCACUGUGGGUGCACGAAGACAUCACGCCGAAGAACCCCAACUCCAAGAGCACCGAGCAGCUCUCCAACUUCCUGCGCCACGUAAUAUCCGUCUUCAAGGAGUCCAAGUCAGACUUCCACCUGGAGCAGCAACUGAGUGAUGUGGCCCUGCAGACUGCGCUAUGCAGCUCGUCUCGUCACUACGCCGGCCGCUCCUUCCAAAUGUUCCGAGCGCUCAAGCAGCCCAUUAACAACCACGCCGUGUCCGACCUGGUGUCACGGCUCGUCGAAGUAGUGGGCGAGCACGGGGACGAAGUGCAGGGCUACGUAAUGGAGGUGCUUCUCACAUUGGAAUCGGUGGUGGUGAACCUAGCAGAGUGUCUGAAGAACAGCGAUCUAAUGGCGGCGCUAACCAGGACAUCCUCCCCUGACUUUGCACUGAGUGACAAGCUGAUGAACCGAAAAAGCACAGGCCAGCUCAACUUCCCCGGCCCUGGGUUUGUGGGCUUGUCAUCGCAGCGCCAUCAGCGCUCCUACUCCGUACCCAAGAAGUUCGGCGAAUGUGGCUACCAGUCCAGUGACCCACCUCGUAGCGCCACUCUGGACCGCAUCCAGGCCUGCAACAGUCACGGCCUGGUGCGGCUGGGGAGGGGCCCCGGGUCCUGCGCCUCGUCCACCAAUCGCAUCGAUCCCAGCGUGCUGUCGGACCCCGGCCACGUGUCGCACCCGUCCUCUAUACUGGCCACUGUUUUCUGGGUGGCUGUCUCGCUCAUGGAGUCUGAUUUUGAGUUCGAGUAUCAGAUGUCGCUACGCCUUGUGCACAAGCUCUUAUCCAAGGUGCCUUUAGACCGAGCGGAGAACCGUGAGCGUCUGGAAAAGCUCCAGGCUCAGCUGAGGUGGAGCGGCUUCUCGGGUAUCCAGCAGCUUCUGCUCAAAGGCUUCACGUCCCAGGCCACGUCCGACCUCACCCUGCAGCUAUUCUGCCAGCUCACGCCAGUGUCCCGCGUGCCCGUGGUGGACAGCUCGCAGUCUCUGGGUUUCCCGCUCAAUGUGCUGUGUCUGCUGCCGCAUCUGGUGCAGCACUUUGGACACCCUACACAGUUCUGUAAAGAGAGUGCUGAGAGGAUCGCGCAGGUGUGUUUGGUGGAGAAGAACACCAAGCUUUCCCACCUGGCCCACGUGAUGACACUGUACAAAACACGCUCGUACACACGGGACCCUUUUUCCUGGGUCAGUGUUGUGUGCCGCUACCUCCACGAGGCCUUUUCGGACAUCACGCUGAACAUGGUCACCUACAUGGCGGAGCUGCUGGAUAAAGGCCUUCCCAACAUGCAGCAGUCACUCCUGCAGAUCAUUUACUGCCUGCUGAGCCACAUGGACCUAAGUGCAGUGCACGUCAAACAAUUCAACGCUGACGUCACCAAAACCAUUGAGAAGUUUGUACAAACAGUGCAUUGGAAAGACGCCUUGAACAUCCUGAAGCUGGUGGUGUCGCGCUCGGCCAGCCUGGUGCACCCAGCGUACGGUCACGCCCACGGCGACCUCUCCAACCUGGAGGUGAGCCGAGUGUGGGACGGCUCGGCCAAGGCGCUGCCCGGGAAAACCCUGGACUUCACCUUCGACAUUUCUGAGACGCCUGUGAUCGGGAGGCGCUUCGACGCGCUCCAGGGUUCUGGCGUGAGGGAGGGCAAGGCCCGAGCCAUGGCCGUUGCCCGCAGCGCGUCCUCCACCUCGUCGGGGUCCAACUCCAACACCAUCUUGGUUCCCGUCAGCUGGAGGCAACCGCAGUAUUCUCAGAAGCGCACCAGAGAGAAACUGGUAAAUGUUCUAUCUCUGUGUGGACAAGAAGUUGGACUUACAAAGAACCCGUCGGUGAUUUUCUCGUCCUGCGGCGACCUGGACAUGAUGAUGGAGGUGCGCGAGAGCGGCGUAUCUUCGGAGGAGGGCGGCACUAGGGAGGACACGCUGGACGACACGGCUAGCGAGCAGCAGUUCCGGGUUUUCAGAGACUUUGACUUCCUGGAUGUGGAGCUGGAGGACGGCGAGGAGCUCCAGGUAAGUUUGCCUCACGUUCAGCAUCCACAGCAAAGGAGCUUUUCCUCUCGCUGUUAUGUUGGUGGUGCGAAUGGCUCCUUUGCCUAUGUUGUUGGUGACUUUUGUGGGCUUUCCCUCCAGGGCGAGACGGUGGACAACUUCAACUGGGGUGUGCGGCGCCGAUCCCUGGACAGCACAGAGCUGGGCGACCUGCUGGAGGAGAGCCAGCACUCGGGCAGCACGCCCAGCCUGGGACACGAAGAUCCGCAUGAUUCCGAGGAGUCCUCUGAGGAAGAAGAGUCCUCCACCAGCCGGAGCCUUUCGCACUCGCAGCUGACGAAUCCAUCUCCGUCGGAUGAGACCAACCACACGGACUCGCUGUCCACGUCGUACGACACGUCUGCUGACCCGCAGUCUUUUGGCGCAACCACACCGGGCCAGGGGGUGCUGCUGCAUGACCACCUCAGCAGUGGCCAGGCUGGGGCGUGCGGUGACGACGAGGACACGCAGGCUCAAGACGACGAUCUGUCCCUGAGCACGAACGAGCUUCCCGCCGGCUCGGACUGCGGCGAGAGUUUUACCCUGGAGCUGCCCGGGCAAGCGCAGGCCCGUGCGCCUCAUCUGGACCGCCGGCUCGACUACUGCCAACCGCCACUGGACUUUCUGGAUCCAAACAGUCUGCCCAGGUUACGUGACGACGCUGACGACUUGGAGGAUUUGGGCUUCCCGCCUCCGCCGUCCCCGUUUUUUUCCGCUAUCUUAGCCGCCUUCCAGCCGGCCGUAUGUGACGACGCCGAGGAAGCAUGGCGUUGUCACGUCAACCAGCUAGUGACCGACUCUGACGGUUCCUGCGCUGUUUACACCUUCCAGGUCUUCUCUUCGCUCUUCAGGAGCCUCCAGGGGAAGUUCUGCACGCUAACUACGGACGUGGCCUCCUACCUGGGCGAGGGCCUGAGGGGGAUUGGCUCCAAAUUCCUCAAAUCAUCUCAGAUGCUGACCACCUGCUCCGACUGCCCCACCAUCUACAUUGACGCCGACACUAUUAUGUCUUACGGCCUCCUUGAGAAGAUGAAGUUCAGCGCGCUGGAGCUGCAGGAGUACCUGGACACCUACAACACCAGGGAGGAUGCAGCUGUCACGUGGUUGCGCAGCUGUAAGGACACAUUUCCCAGGUGCCCCGGCGACACCGUGGUGACCUGUCAACCUGGAGACUCUGAAGAGAAACAAAUGGAAUCUCUGGCCCAACUGGAGUUGUGUCAGAGGCUUUACAAGCUUCACUUCCAGCUCCUGCUCCUCUUCCAGUCCUACUGCUCACUCAUCGGCCAGGUUCACGCCAUCAGCUCUGUGCCCGAGCUACUGAACAUGUCCCGGGAGCUGAGCGAGCUUCGCGCCAGCCUGCAGGCGGCAGAGGCGGCAGUCGCCAGCGAUCUGGAGCACGAGCACUCGGCCCACUCGGUCCACGCCCACGCGGCCCACAUGGCCGCCAUGGUGGUGCCCAGUUUCCCCUCGUCAGAAGCAGCGGUCAAGGCCAUACUGGAGUGUCUCAGGAACCGCGAGUUCACCAAGGCCGUCCGCUACAUUCAGGAGUGCAGGCGUCGGUGGCCUCACGGCGUGUUCGGCGGCGGCUCCGAGAAGGAAGUCCAGACUCUGCUCAACGUGUACUUCCGGCACCAGACUUUGGGCCAGACUGGCACCAUCGCCCUGGUGGGCUCCCGUCAAGACCUUGGCCUGAUCUGUUCCAAGCUGCUGGAGCUCAACGGCGAGAUCCGCGACAUGAUCCGCCGCGCUCAGGGCUACCGCGUUGUCACCACCUACCUCCCCGAUUCCAGCGCCUCCGGGACCAGUCUCUGACAGCGGCACGCCGGGAAUUCCCCGAAGACCCCGGGGCGACGUACCGGGGAGCCGCCUCUCGUACGCCUCCCGACUACGCUUCCCGCCACCUCACCCAACCGAUUUUAGACUUUCCUCCCCUUCCGAAUUUUUCGCAUUUUGAUGCCUU